AUGGGGGGGUUCUCAGCGAUCGGGCAGCCCAAGGACCAGGGCGCCUGUACCGCCUGCGUGGCCUUUGCCAUCCUAGCGGCGGUGCAGAGCGCAGUGGCCUGCGCGCUGCGGCGGGACGCGACCAGCAGCCUGUCAGAGCAGGACUUCUUUUUCUGCAAGUCCCUGGCGCUGCGCGAGAAACGCGACUGCGACAGCUCGUGGAGCAUGCGCAACGGGGUGGAGGCGUUCAUGGCCAUGAUGGACGCAAAGAAGCUGCCCGUGACAGAGACGUGA